CUUUCAAAACCCUAGAAUCUUUUAAAUUCCAUAACCCUAGAAUCCCAAUUUGAUUUUUAAAACCCUAUUAUGUCUCUCAUGGAGAUUUCUGUUUGUAGCAGCUUAAAUGCAUCAUCCUUCAUAAAACUUUCUAAAUUCUCUCCCUCUUUUCAUUCUAAACCCAGUAACCUAAACUUGAUUACUAAAAAUACAACCUACAAAAGAUAUUCAGUUUCAAUGCAUGUGGAAGCAAAUAGUUUAUUCGGAUUCCCCAAGAGAAGUGGCGGUGGUGGCGGUGGUGCUGGCAUCUUAGAACGGCCUAAUCUUGACACAUCUAUAUUCGAACCUACUCCAAAAGUGGAAGAAGGUGGUGAUAUGGGAAAAUUGAAGCACCGAACAGCUAUAGGCAAUGGAGAUGGUUGCAAAGUUCUUCUAAUUGAUGACACGCGCCAUACUGAAAAAUCAGUGGCAUCCAUUUUGCCAAAAGCUGUUCCAGCUGUUACAACCGAUGCUGCAAAAGAACUCUUUCAUGAGUCCCGACAAAAUGGUGCUGCCGUUGUAAUUGUAGCUGUAAAGGAGCAUGCUGAAUUCUAUCUUGAGAUGAUGACCAACCUGGGAUUAAGUGCAGCCAUAGAACCAGAUUCAAGUACAGUAUAAGCAGGCAGAACAAAAGAUUAGAGAGGGGUUGUUUUACCCAUAUUCGCAUAAAAAGCUGGAAGGCUUUUUGUGUUUUGAUCUAGACAAAUUUUGAGUUAUUUGAGUUAUUCCGGUGUUUGUAUUAUUUUUGUUUUAUUUUGCGCAUGAAGUGAUCAAGUUGUUGUAUGAUAAGAAAACCUCUGCUGUGUGAUCACUUCAAUUUUGUUCUGUGACGUAAAAGAUCAAUAAGAAAAAAUCCGUGCCACCUCGAGGUCAA